AUGCGAAAGCAGUUAAAGCACAUAAAAACCAACGACACAUGCAGGGAGACUCAGAUUCGAAGAGGAAGUGAAGGACAAGAUUUACCUCUUGGAGAACAAACCUCUGAUGGUGCUCAGUUUUGUGUGCUUUCCAUGAGGACAAUGAGAAAACUCAAUGGUAAGCAUGGCAUUGGUGUCUUAACAGAAGGGGUCUGGAUGCAACGAACUUGGAACGAAUUGUGGAGCUGGCUUCUUGGAGCUUGGCUUGACACGAGACAUGGAGUUUGA